AAAUCUCAUCAGAGCUUGAUGUUGUGAAAACUUCGCGUUCGCGGUGGAUGAGGGUUCGCAGAAAAAUUUUCCGCACAAUUUUGCAAUAAUUUGAGCAUUGAAAAUGUGUUUAUUUGCCCUGCGUUUGUAAAGCCGUAGGAAAGAACAACCGCCAUUCAAAACUAGCAGAAUCCAGUUUUAGCGUGGCCAAAUUAGAUACAUGUUCUUUGCCAAGAUGUCUCUGGAACCCUCGGCUUGUGAAGACCUGAAGGCCUUCGAACGACGCCUCACUGAAGUCAUAGCAGCAUUACAGCCCUCUACCCUGCGAUGGAGAAUUCUCUUAUGCACCAUGUCGCUGAUAACGUUCGUGGGGGCCUUCUACUGGUUGACUGACCCGCGAACGUCGAUUGUCCCGCUAAUGGACUCACUUUGGAACCAUCCAGUAUUCACAUUUUCGACUGCUAUACUUCUCCUGCUGUUCGUAUUUGGCAUCCACAAGCUAGUGAUGGCGCCGCAGAUCAUCACGUCCCGGACGCGAAGCGUUCUGGCCGAGUUCAACAUGUCCUGCGACGAAACCGGCAAGCUGAUACUGCGGCCACGUCCAACCAACAACUCGCGAUUUAUCAACGGUAGUGGCGGCGGUGGCUCCGUCCGUAGCCCGAAGAAGACGAAACGAUAGCGCGUGGAAUGUUGGCCAAGGUUGAUCACACACACAGACAGACGACGCGGAUCGGGGAAAACAGGGUUCAAUCACUCGACGCCAAACAAAAAUGACACAUACGAUUAAUGCUCUUUUUUUUUUUUGUUUUUCUGUCGGUGUUUUUCGAGGGGGUCCCAAUUGUAAAUAAUCGAUAGAUAUGAUUUUAAUUGUAAUUGCCCAAUGUUUUCACGUGUUUGAAAAAUACCAUUACCAUUAUCCAUUCACUAAAGUAGUUUUGGUCGUCUUCGUAUUCAAUCAAGUGUAGUGGGUUUUGGAAAAUUAUGAAUAAUAAAAACUUUUGUUGAAAAAGAA